CUAGACAGAAUGUUCGCUUCGACGUCACAAAGAAAUGAUGAUGGUUUGCGGGCGUCUUACAAUAUCUCGUUACUUAUAGCAAAAUCCGGAAAACCGUAUACUAUCGGAAAGUUAAUUUUGCCAGCCGUUGAAGAGGUUUUAAAAACUGUUUUAUACAAACCUGUAUCUGAUAUCAUUAAAAGAAGCAACAAUACUGUUGAAAGACGUAUUGAUGAAAUGAGUUCUGAUAUUGAAAGCUUCUUAUGUAAUUAUUUGCAAACGACCCAUUUCUUUAUACAACUGGUCGAGUCAACUUUACCUGAUAAUGCAGCAUUAUUAUUGGCAUAUGUUAUUUUUAUUAUGAAUCAAGAAAUCUACGAAGAACUGCUCUUCGCAAGAAUUUUGAUAACCGACACUAAAUGUGAAUCAAUAUUUCAUGUUUUGAAGGAUUACUUCAUUGAAAAAGCAAUUCCUUUAUCAAAUAUAAUAUCAGUAGCUACAGAUGGACCACCUGCCAUGGUUGGACAACCACUCACUUACCUAAUCAACAAAUGCUUUGAAUCUGGCAUAUAUCCCUCAAUUUUAAAAAAAGGUAAUAUAAUACCGAUACAUAAAUCAGGAACAAAAACAGAGGUUAACAACUAUAGACCAAUAUCAAUAAUAUCCAGUGUAGCAAAGGUUUUUGAAAAAGUUUUAUCUACUAGACUGAUUCGAUACCUCACAAAAUUCAAAAUUUUAAGUGAAAAUCAAUAUGGAUUUACAGAAGGGAAGGCUACAUCGGACGCAAUAACUAAAAUUGUAAAUCAAAUACAUCAAAAUAUUGAUAACAGAAUCCCUUCAAUCUGCAUUUUUGUUGAUUUAAAGAAAGCUUUCGACACAGUUAAUCACAAAUUAUUAUUAGAAGCAUUGGAGAGAAUUGGUUUCAGAGGAAACGCGUACUCACUGAUCGAAAAUUAUUUGUCAAAUCGCCCACAAUCUGUGCAGAUAUCAGGAUCAUUUAGUAAAGAAAUGUAUAUUAAGUGUGGUGUCCCACAAGGAACUGUCUUAGAUGAUACUGCAAUAUUAUAUGAAGGCACUGACUGGUCUGAUCUGAAAAAUGUAAUUGAAAAUGAUUUUAUCAAAAUUAUUCGCUGGUUUAACAGUAGAAAAUUAAGCAUUAACUAUUCUAAAACACAUUUUUUACCAUUUGGAUCUUAUGCUAAACAUCUGCCAAGUUACACAAAUUUCUCCUUCAACAUUAAUGAUCAAAAAAUGCAAAUUAAUAGAGUGCCCAACAUAAAAUACCUUGGAGUGGUCUUGGAUCCUCACUUACGACGGGACAUCCAUGUCAAUUAUAUUUUAAAGAAAGUUAGAUUUGUAUCCUACAAAAUUAAAUACCUUGGGAAUAUAUUGACAGAAAAAUAUCUUCGAACAUUAUACCAUGCACUGAUUGAGCCUCAUCUCACAUAUGGAAUAUUAGCAUGGGGAGCUGCAUGUUCCUCACAUAUCUAUAAUUUAGAUGUUUUUCAAAAAAGUAUUCUAAAAAUGAUAUUUAAAAAACCGAAACUUUAUCCCACUGAAAAAUUAUACGCAGAUCUUUAUUUCUUACACAGUAUCACUCACUACCAUAAAUUUGUAAACACCGACCAAAAAAUUAAACAUAAUCAUUAUACAAGGUACAAAAUUCGUGGCACAGUAGUUCCUCAGCCGCAUAAAUCUAUAAUGCAGCGAUCAUAUCUCUAUUUAGCGCCUAAAUUUUAUGAAAUUAUACCUAAAGACUUAAAAGAUUUACGUUUCGGAAAUUGUUUCAAAAGAAAUUUAAAAAAAUGGCUACAUUCUAUAUCUAGGACUGAAAUUCAUAAACUCAUAAUAUGA